AUGGGUUCCAUCCUUGCCGAAGAGGUCUCCGUCUUCGACCACGUCGAUUACAUCCCUCCCGACCCGAUUUUCGAGCUCACCCUCACCUUCAAUGCCGACAAGGACCCACGCAAGGUGAACCUCGGUCAGGGCACCUACAAGGACGAGCAUGGCAACCCGUGGAUUCUGCCCUCGGUUCGCGGUGCCAAGGAGAAGAUCCGUGAUGCCAACCACGAGUAUCUGCCCAUUCUAGGCCUUUUGCCCUUCCGAACUCAUGUUACCGAGCUGGUGUACGGCAAGGACUCACCGGUCGUGUCUGAGAACAAGGUGGCCGCGAGCCAGUCAUUGUCCGGGACCGGGGCCCUGCAUCUGGCAGGAUCUGUUCUGUACCAGACACUGCCAAAAGACACUAUCGUCUACAUCAACAACCCGACCUGGUCCAAUCACCGCCAGGUUUUUGAGACCAUUGGCUUUGAGGUACGCGACUUCCGCUGGUCCUCGCCAAAAACAGGCAGUCUGGAUCUGCUUUCCAUCCUGGAAGACUUGUCUCAGGCGCCACCUCUCUCGCUUAUCAUCCUCCACGCGAGCGGACACAAUCCGAGUGCCUGUGAUCCCAGCAACGAGCAAUGGCGCCAAAUUGCCACGGUGAUCAAGGACCGGCAGCUGCUGCCCCUGUUUGACGCAGCCUACCUCGGCAUAACGUCUGGCAGCUACGAAGCGGAUGCCUUUGCCAUCCGGCAUUUUGUAAACGACCUGAAGCUAGAGACUGUCAUUUGCGCAUCGUUUGCUAAGAACAUGGGUCUCUACGGUGAGCGAGUUGGAUACGUUUCCAUGGCCACGAAAACUGCGGCGUCGGCCAAAGCAAUGCAGUCAAGACUCGCACAGCAGACUCGCGCCGAGAUAUCGAACCCUCCCGCCUUUGGUGCCCGCAUCGUUGCUGCGGUCCUGGCCGAUGACGAGCUGCGUGCCCAGUGGGAUAGAGACCUGAUCAAGAUGAGCUCGCGGAUCUCCGGCAUGCGCACUGCGCUCUACGAGGGUCUGAAGAAGCGAGACACCCCUGGAGACUGGAAGCCAAUCAUGGAACAGAAGGGCAUGUUUAGUGUCUUGGGGCUUCCCCUUGCAAAGGUUAUGGAGCUAAGAGGGUUAAACGAAGGAAACGUGGAAUACGUAGCCGCAGCGCUAGAUAGCGUACUUCGGUAG